UUAUGCCUGCCAAAUUUAGUGGCCUACCUUCUUCCCUAUAUACAUGGGCAAUCUGCUAACUACCAAGAAAAUAAAAUUAACCUACGGUCUCCUAUUGCAUGUGAGAGUUGGCAAGUUUUUCUUAUGGAGCUUCUUCAGUUUGAUGCGAAAAUGUUGAUGUCCCUUGUGUUUCUAGGGUUUGUAGGGUUGUUUGUGCGGUGGUAUGAUAGGCUUGUUGCGAAGCCGAAGAGGCUGAGGUCCUUGCUAACUAAGCAAGGCAUCAAUGGACCUCCACCUACACUUCUUCUGGGAAAUAUUAUGGAGAUAAAGAAGGCUCGAGGCUCCAGCAAUCCUACCAGUGGAUUAAUCCCCAGCUCCCACAAUUGCGCUGCUCUUGUCUUUCCAUUUUUUGAUAAGUGGAGGAAACAAUAUGGUGAAGUAUUUGCGUUUGCACUUGGCAACACACAAAUAUUGUGUGUGAACCAACCAGAUGUAGUACGAGAGAUAACAACAUGCACGUCCUUAGACUUGGGGAAGCCAACAUAUCAAUUUAAAGAGCGAGGUCCUCUGCUAGGUCAAGGUAUUUUAACCUCAAAUGGCCCCUCAUGGGUUCACCAACGCAAAGUGAUUGCUCCUGAACUAUCCAUGGACAAAGUCAAGGGAAUGAUUAACCUAAUCACAGAGUCUACAACUACUCUGGUAAAUUCUUGGAACAGUAAAAUUGAGACAGCUGAAGGAGGAAUUGCUGAGAUAAAAAUUGACAGCUACAUGAGAAGCUUCUCUGGUGAUGUUAUCUCAAGAGCUUGUUUUGGAAGCAACUAUUGCAAAGGGGAAGACAUAUUUCAUAAACUAAGAAAUCUCGAGGAGGCUAUGUCCAAGAAAGUCUUUUCCACCGGAGUUCCUGGGAUGAGACAUCUUCCCACAAAGAGCAACAGGGAAGCUUGGGCAUUGGAAAAGGAGGCCAGCACUUUAAUACUUCAAGUAGUGAAGGAAAGGCAGGCAGCAGGAUAUGAGAAAGACCUAUUGCAAAUGAUUCUUGAGGGUGCUAUAAACAGUGACCUCAGCCAAGAGGCUACAAACCGAUUCAUUGUUGAUAACUGCAAAAACAUAUACUUGGCCGGCUAUGAGACCACGGCGGUCUCCGCCACUUGGUGUCUCAUGUUGUUGGCUUCAAACCCAAAAUGGCAAGAACGUGUGAGAACAGAGGCCCUUCAAGUUUGCCAAGGCUGUAUUCUGGAUACUAAUAUGAUUCGUAAGAUGAAACAGCUAAAUAUGGUGAUUCAUGAAUCACUGCGCCUAUAUCCACCAGUUGCCGUGGUAUCAAGGGAGGCCUUUAAGGACAUGAAAUUUGGGGACAUUAACAUCCCGAAGGGUGUCAAUGUUUGGACCACAGUGGCAACCUUACACACUGAUCCAGAAAUAUGGGGCCCAGAUGCCUAUAUGUUCAACCCAGAUAGGUUUGCAAAUGGGGUUGCAGGCGCUUGCAAGCUUCCACACUUGUACAUGCCAUUUGGGAUGGGACCCCGAGUGUGUCUUGGACAGAACUUGGCCAUGGUUGAACUCAAGAUUCUAAUAGCUCUUUUAGUUUCCAACUUCUCCUUCUCACUCUCUCCCAAGUACAGACAUGGACCUGCUCUUAGAUUGGUUAUAGAGCCUGAGCAUGGAGUCGAUCUCCUAGUGAGGAAGCUGUGAACUUAUAAAAGAUAAUGAGCAACUUAUUAUUUCUGUUAGGGUUUUAGUUUGCUCACUUGUUUAAGUCUAUAUGUUUUAACUUUGUUUUCUCAAAUAAUAUAUGCAUAUUUGUUU